AUGGCUGCCAUGAAAAGUGCAGAGGAGGAGAUGUUUGAAAGAGCGGUGGUUGUAAAGGUGCUAAGGAUUCUCAAUGCAAAAUUCAAUAUGAAUUUUGUUGCGAUCAAAGAAUCCAAGAAUUUGGAUUUAUUGAAAUUGGAAGAAUUACAUGGGUCAUUGGAGGCUCAUGAAUAA